AUGGGAGGAGGACAUGAGGAUGGGGAGUUGGGCGGCAAUGUAGUGAACAGAGACGGUGGGUUCAACGAGAAGCAUGCAGGGCCCACCGGGAGCAGCUCGGAGAACGCCGCCCGUGACGGCUGCUGCCCAGGGUCGGACCAGAUAAUUGAGGAUGAGGGCACGAAGGUCGUCCGCUUCAGAAAGCUCUUCUCCUUUGCCGAUUCCACGGACAUAGUUCUCAUGGUUCUCGGGACCAUCGGAGUUAUGGCGAACGGCGUUUCCAUGCCUCUGAUAACCCUCCUGUUCGGGAACCUGACGGACUCCUUUGGGGAGUCUCCGGACAUUAAGGACGUCGUCGACAGGGUCUCCAAGGUGUGCAGGGAAAUCACCCCCGCAGCUGACGAUCCUAUCUUUCUCAGCCCCUUAUCGCUCGUUUUGUCCGCAGGUUUCUCUGCAAUAUGUCUACCUGGCCAUCGGCGCCGGCCUUGCGUCGUUUCUCCGUAAGCUCCCUCCCUUCCUUAAUCUUCUCCGUCUUGCAGCGGUGGUAGUGACUCUGUUUCUUUCUUCUUCUUCCUCGGGGUCUGUCUGCGAUAGAGGUGACCUGCUGGAUGGUCACCGGCGAGAGGCAGGCAACGAGGAUCAGGAAUCUGUACUUGAAGACCAUCUUGAGACAGGAGAUCGGCUUCUUCGACAAGGAGACGAACACGGGGGAAGUCGUGGGAAGGAUGUCCGGAGACACCGUCUUCAUUCAAGACGCCAUGGGCGAGAAGAUGGAGUUAUGGUCCAUUAUAAACCGUCUUCUUCUUCUAGCUGCUAA